AUGGCGAAGAUUUUAUUUGCUUCGAUAUUACUUUGGUUGUCAUGGACUUCCCUUGUUUCCGGCCAGAGCUGUGUGAACGAGAGAAGUUUUAAGGAUCAGGUGCUUUAUAUAGGGCAGCAUGGCUCUUCAUAUUCACUGCAGUGUCCUCUGCAGUCUUUUCCGUCCCAGAAUGGACCCAACAUCCAGUUGACCUGGUUGAAGGACUGUCAGCAGCUUCCCAAGCAGGUGGGGAAGACUUCCCUGGAGUUUAGCAGCGUCAGCUUAAAGGACCAAGGAAAUUACACUUGUAUUCUACAAGGAAACAGCACAGCAUCAUUUACUGUGCGCCUCAUUGUAAAGGAGUCUCUGUGUGCCAUAGCUCCAGAGUUUAAAGCAAAUGGCAGUCUGACCAAACUCUGGAGGAAUGUGGGAUCCAUUGUGAGUCUGAAUUGCACCGCUCUGCUCCUCUGGGAUCCAUCAGAGGAGCAAUGUGAAACCAUGCUGCAGUGGAGCAAAGCUGGCCACCCUCUCUCCAACCAUACUCUCUUCCUCCACAACACAUCAUCAUGGUCUCCUGCAGCUGGACAGUUGAUUGUAAAUAGUCUGCUAGAGAUAGUGCUUAAAGACCCAAAAGAUUUUGGACUCUACGUGUGCACAGUGAGGAACAUUUCCACCAGUUUCUUCGUACAGAAUUCAAACAGUCCCAGCCACACAGCUGCUGUCACUGCAGCCGUCUUCCUCCUCCUCCUGUUGGGUGUAGCUGCCAUCAUGUACACCAGGUGUCACCUGAACAUCAAGCUCUGGUACAAAAACUUGUAUGGAGACUAUGAACUCAACGAUGGGAAACUAUAUGAUGCCUACAUCUCGUAUGUCAACAAUGACUACGACAGGAAGUUUGUUAACUUUAUUCUCAAACCUCACCUGGAAAAUAAAAGUGGGUACAAGUUGCACCUCAAUGACAACGAUAUCCUACCUGGUGCAGCCCCUUCUGCAGAGCUCCUAAUGAACAUGAGCCGCUCUCGGCGCCUCGUUGUGCUGCUCUCUCAUGCGUAUCUCGAGCAGGACUGGUGCACCAGCAAUUUCAGACAAGGCUUUCUGCACUUGUUGGAGAUAUGUCAGCAACCCAUCCUGAUCAUGCUGGAGGGUCAGUCCAGACGCAUAAGUUCUGACGUCAAACAGCAGCUUAAUGAGCACCGACAUCGACUCACCAUACUCACUUGGAGGCACAACUCUGUGACUCCUUCCUCUGACUUCUGGAAAGAAUUGGCUCUAGCGUUGCCUCGUAGAGUCACCUUCUACAGUCAGUCUGCAGGCGAUCCUCAGACGGUGCUACAGGAGGACGAAGACCCCAUGCUCACCCUUGACCCUGACUACCUGGACUGCCGCUCAGAUACUGAUCCGGCUGGAGAUCUGGGUCUUCGGCUCCCUGUGUUCAAGACUCUGGCCUCUAAAGCUCCGGUCCUCCCUGGUGCACCUGUCAGAGCAGCCGAGCCAAAAUCUUCUGAUGUUGACGUGUCGGACCUGGGAGCUCGCAGCUACGCAGCCCGCUCAGAUUUUUACUGUCUGGUCACGAAGGAGGACGUGUGAAUCUCACCGAUCCGUGAAAGGACCACCCGUUUGUGUUUGUGACAUGUAGCCAAUGGGUUCGUGUUUCUGUACAAUGUGUAUACAAUUUCAAUGUGCCAUUUUUAGUU